AUGGAUGGCAUACCCAGACCUCUGCCGCCUUCCUCCUCCUUCACCCACGUCAGCUGCGGCCAACCUCCACCUUUGUCCGUGUCAGAUCGUUUAGAUGCGGCUGCGGCUGAAGGGCCGGCGCUCAACGCAAAGGAGCCACCUACAUUCCCACAAACAACAUCAAGGCGCAAGAUUCCCCAUCUCCCAUUUCCUAUGAUACCAUUCUUAUCAUCUCUUGUCAAAAGACUCCAUCUCAAGCACAAUGACCCCCCCAGGAACAGCAAAAAUGAUCUCACCGCCACCGUUCCUCCCAAAUCCCCAGAAGACCAAGUCGAAUCCUCCAAGGACAAAAAGGUCAUAGAAUACCUAACGCAACACCCCAUUCCAAUCCUCAAAGUCCUCGUCAUAGGCGCUCCAAACUCGGGAAAACGUUCUCUCUGUCAGCGAUACCAAGACAACGUCGUGAGCAYGCAACACGAUCCGCUAGAAAACGGGYAAUAUCGCCGCACAAUUCAUAUGCCAUUAUCGAUKUCCAGAAAGAACCCUGUCCAGCCGAGGAGUGAUCAGGAAUUGAGAGUACGGCUCGAAUGGACGACUCUACUUUCCGCCGCAUUAGAUAUGCAUCAGGAGGUGCUACGGCAAUUGGUAAGGGACCAUGAAGCGUACGUUCUAGUGUAUCGUGUCUCUGAGAGAGAGGGUUAUGAGGCGAUUGUGGAGCUUUAUAGGGAGUUCAUCGCGGAACGGAAGUCUACUACUACCUGCUUAUUCGUGGUGGCGAAUGGGAUGKAUGUACCAGUCGAAAAGCGGACUGUCAGUGGAGAAGAAGGAAGACGGUUCGCUGAGAGCUUGGGAGCGGAGUUCCGGGAGGUGUCGGCUAGGACGGGAAUUGGAUAUGGUGGGGAGGAUGAUAUUGUUUUGAUGGCGAGAAGUAUCAUAUUAGGGACGAUCUCAGCGAGGAAGUAA